AUGACCCUAGAUCUGAUGGAUAUAAUCCUAAUUCAUCUGAGUAAACGUUCUCAACAGCGAGAUAGUUCACUUGUUGCCAACUUCUUGCAAUAUGAGAGAAUAGGCAAGCCUAAGGAAGAAGUAAAAGAGUACUACAAGUUCGAGACAGACGAAAAAGGAGUUAUGCAUGAAAUCAUGACUAAGGGACCAGUCACGGCUGUUUUCAUUGUCUACGGAGACUUCCUCUACUACAAGGGCGGUGUUUAUGUGGUUCGUUCUUCUUCAUAUCUUUUUGUUAUAUUAGGAUAUAGGUUUCAAAUAGCUCGACUUACUGAAUUUUCUUCAUGCAAUAAGUUCACGUUAAAGCUCAAGUUCAAGUUUUGAAG